AUGCAGCCUGGCAGUAAGCGGCGAAAGGCGAAGGAGGGGCUGCGCAUACGCCCAGCAGCGCCAAGGCGGUCGUGGGGGCCUCGGAAUCGCUUGAGGACGAAGACUCCAGAGCGGGAAGUGCCAUUCGUGCGACAAGUUUCGGACCACCUCCGUGUUCCUGCAGGAGGGCAUCCACAGAGGACAAAGCCUCCUCCCCGAGAAGUGUGCCGGGAAAGGGAGUUGCAGCGCAGCAGUGACCGCCGGCACAAGCCGCGACGGCCACCGCAGUUUUCAUCCGCGGAUCCACGCCUGGCCAGUCGGCGGUCCGAGGAGCUGCAGAGGGGAUUCAGACCCCGGCAUCGCCUGAGGACGAAGACACCAGAGCGGGAAGUGCUCUACGUGCGCCAAGUUCCGGACCACCUCCGUGUUCCCGGAGGAGGGCAUCCGCAGAAGCGGCUGAGGACAAAGACUCCUCCCCGAGAAGUGCUUUGGGAAAGGGGUGUGCAGCGCAGUGGUGACCGCCAGCACAAGCCGCGAAGGUCAUCGAGAAACGACGCAGAUGCACGCCUGGCAAAGUCGUCCCAGGAGUGCAAAAGGCGAGGAAGACCACCAAAGAAAGAGGCGAGCAACAACCGCAAAAGAUGUGAACAGAGCGCAGGAUCCGAAGACUUGGACAUCUGGAGCCCCACACUCUGCCAGGAGGACAUGACAUCGAAGAAAAGCUGGCGAGGAAUGGUGUCGAGGUUCCGGUCGCCCGAGCCGGAGGAGCCGGAGGCAGCCGAGGAUGGCGAGUGCGCCCGUGAGCCCGGCACGGAAAGUUUCGCCGGACUGAUACCUCCGAAGUCGGAAGUUGUCGACGUGGACACAGGCAGCGAAGAAGAGCUGCACAAAGACGUUGUGGCAGCUGUACGGCCGAAACGCGCUGCUCCACAGGCUCGUGAUGAGACGGAGGUCACCAUCCAGAUGAUCAAGAAGAUUCUGGAUUUCCGUGGCCACCGGGCCCCAGCUGGCCAGCGCUGCUACGCCAGGCGAGCCGUCUUCGAGCUCCUCGAAGAGCUCUUCCUGCAGGCCCAGAAGCUGGUCGGCGACAAGAUCUGGCGAGGGCAGGUGCUGCACUACAUCUCUGACCUCGUCACCGAGCUAGAGACGUCGUCUAAAUCUUGCCUGUACCAAAACGCUUCCUUCUGGAAAGGUGCCCUGCUGCUGCUGCUCAAGCAUUUAGGAGCCCCGAAAGAGGAGGUUCAGCAGCUGAGGCAGAAGUAUUACCUCACCGCUGGACGCAUCAAGCAGACGACGGUGCGAAGGCCAGACUUCAAGGACCUGAGCCAAUACUACGCCGAGUGCAAGCCUUUUGAUUCUGUGGACUUUGACGUGGAUCCUGCGGCGCCCUGCCUUCUCCGCCCGGAUCGGCCGAGAAUGAAAGUCACCCGGGCGAAGGCGGAGACCGAGGACGGAGACGCGCCCCCCAAGAGUCUACGGUCCUGGAUGCGCUACUACGUCGUGCGAGAAGACAACUCGGCUCACCUCUUCCGAACGGCAAAGUACGCCACGGUGCGACAUUGCCUUCUGGAGGCCUGCAAGGACACGGGCUUCGAACCAGAAAGUUUUCUAUGCCUCUGCGAGAACGAGGCCGUGUCCUUGGAUGCCGAGAUUGGCAGUCUCCCGUGGCCGACGCACAGUCAGUCGCCGCGUCUCUUGUAUGUCUACUUGCGCAACACUGCAAAGCCGACCGCAGCGCGUUGUUGCGAAGCAGCCGUGCAGUCCACGGGUCCUGAUCGACCCGCGCUUGCGAAAUGA